ACUCUUAAGAAAAUGAAAAAAAAAAAAAAAAACAACCCAGAAACACUGAGCAGCUUUUCCGGCGGCCCUUGAUGGCGCCGCCCCCACUAGCCGGGGCGAGUAGCCGUGCCCUUCGGGGGACCCCGGCGCCUGAGGAGGGCGGGAGCGCCCGGGACGCGGAGGCAGGAGGACCGGGAGCGCGCCUGGCGGGACGCAGCGCGGACGCGCGCGGCUGCGGCCGGUGUCCAGGCAACCCCCGGACGCGUCUCCGCGGGAGAAGCAGGUGGCCCCGCGGCCCUAGGGCCCUCCGCUCCGGUUCCUCGCCCGCCCGGCGCCCGGCAGUGGCAGUUUGGCUGCCAGUGGAUGAGUCCAUGUACCCUGGAAAAGGUCCCCGGGACUGUUCUCUCCCCUCCAUCUCCAGAGCGACCUGCAGCAGAGAGCUGGAGAAGGUUCAAGAGGAAGGAGACCCUGGCAUGACCACGAUGGAGAAGAAGAGAUACAGUGUUGCAGGUGAUUUUCUGGAAUCUAAGGGAUACUUUGCUGGCACAACAUCCUCUGGAAGAAAGGUCAGCCCCUCAUCUUCUGCUGAAACAUGUCCUAGUGUGAGUGAGCCUACAGUCCCCGGCAAAGUGUCCGUUCACCUAGACUCUGCUACAGAUUUGGAUCUGAAAUCCUCCUCCGCACAUUCUGAUCAGUCCUCUGAAACCUCAUUCCCUGAAGUCCCCAAGGAUAAAUAUCCCAAGGAGUUCAGCCUGCUUAAGUUGCAGACAAAGGAUGGGCACCGUCCUGAAUGGACAUUUUACCCGAGGUUUAGCAGCAAUAUCCACACCUACCACGUUGGAAAGCAGUGCUUCUUUAACGGGGUCUUCCUCGGCAACAGGAGGUCUCUAUCAGAGAGAAUGGUGGACAAGUGCUUUGGGAGGAAGAAAUAUGAUAUUGAUCCUAGAAAUGGAAUACCAAAGUUAACUCCAGGAGAUAAUCCAUAUAUGUACCCAGAACAGAGUAAAGGCUUCCACAAAGCAGGCUCAACUCUCCCACCAGUGAAUUUCUCAAUAGUGCCGUAUGAAAAGAAAUUUGAUACAUUUAUUCCACUUGAGCCUCUUCCACAAAUUCCUAUCUUGCCUUUCUGGGUGAAGGAGAAGGCCAAUAGGCUGAAGACCGAGAUAAGAGAGGUGGAGGAGCUUGACAAUUGGCACCCAGCGGUCCCCUUGGUGCACAGUUUAUUCCCUGCUGGUUCUUUGGAUUCGCCGAGACAAUCCUAAGCAGAAACAGGCCCACAGAGCAUGCACUGACUGUACUCUGGAGAGCCUCUUCCAAUUGGUCGCUUCUGUCAGUGUGAUUGCUCUAAGUCAAAUGUUUGACUUUGAUAAGUAAUCACUGUGCGUUGCCUUUUUUUUUUUAACUCUAUGUUCUGAAAACCUUCAAACUUACAGAAAAGUUGUGAGGAUCAUACAAUGAACAAAUACCUACAUGUCCUUCACUUAGAA